AUGCGUUUCAGCUCUUUUCUCGCUUGCCUUGUCAUGGCGCCAUUGGCACUGGCGAUCCCUGCCGAUCUACCUGCUGUUGAUGAUGUCUCCGUUAUGCCGAGGGCGGCCGGUGACAUCGAGCUUCCUGACCUUCCCGAAGACUGGAAGACUGCUCUGGAAGGGACCUUGGCAGGCGAGGCGACGUGCCUUUUCUGCAUUGCGGAUGGCGGCGGUUCUUCAGUACGAACCCCCUUUACAUCAGAUGAUAUUCAAAAGAGAAUUAUGGCUGAUGCUGUCCCAGGCUGCCUCGGAUCUCUGACGCCCGGUGGCGUCACAUGCAUGUGGGCGAUCGCCGCGCGUGGACUUGAUGUCAAGGAGGACUCGAAAUGCUCUGCCGCCAUCGUGGCCAGCAUUCUUUCUGCUGUGAGUCUUCUUGUCGGGUUGCUUCAGAGUGAACGGACGGAGAUCUGA